GCGGGAGGAGGGCGCGGGGGCCCGGGAGGGAGGCGGGAGGCGCGGCCGCCGCUCCAGCUGCGAGUCCUCCCGCCGCCGGCUCGGUCCCGCGCCCGCCAUGGCCCGCCUGACGGAGAGCGAGGCGCGCCGGCAGCAGCAGCAGCUCCUCCAGCCGCGGCCCUCGCCCGUGGGCAGCAGCGGCCCCGAGCCCCCCGGGGUGCAGCCCGACGGCAUGAAGGACCUGGACGCCAUCAAACUCUUCGUGGGCCAGAUCCCGCGCCACCUGGACGAGAAGGACCUCAAGCCGCUCUUCGAGCAGUUCGGCCGCAUCUACGAGCUCACGGUGCUCAAAGACCCCUACACGGGGAUGCACAAAGGCUGUGCCUUCCUCACCUACUGUGCCAGGGAUUCCGCCAUCAAAGCUCAGACUGCCCUGCACGAGCAGAAGACCUUGCCCGGAAUGGCGCGGCCAAUCCAGGUGAAGCCUGCGGACAGCGAAAGCCGCGGAGGUAGGGACCGGAAGCUGUUCGUGGGGAUGCUGAACAAGCAGCAGUCAGAGGAGGACGUGCUGCGGCUGUUCCAGCCCUUCGGGGUCAUCGACGAGUGCACCGUGCUCCGGGGGCCUGACGGCAGCAGCAAAGGCUGUGCUUUCGUGAAGUUCUCCUCCCACACGGAGGCGCAGGCGGCCAUCCACGCCUUGCAUGGGAGCCAGACCAUGCCGGGAGCCUCCUCUAGCCUGGUGGUGAAGUUCGCUGACACCGACAAGGAACGGACGCUCCGGCGCAUGCAGCAGAUGGUUGGCCAGCUGGGCAUCCUGACGCCCUCCCUCACACUGCCCUUCAGCCCCUACAGUGCCUACGCCCAGGCUCUCAUGCAACAGCAGACAACAGUGCUGUCCACCUCGGGCAGCUACCUGAGUCCCGGCGUGGCCUUCUCACCCUGUCAUAUCCAGCAGAUCGGCGCCGUCAGCCUGAAUGGGCUGCCUGCCACACCCAUCGCUCCUGCCUCUGGGCUGCACUCACCCCCGCUGCUGGGCACCACUGCCGUGCCCGGCCUCGUGGCUCCCAUCACCAACGGCUUUGCAGGUGUCGUGCCCUUUCCAGGUGGGCACCCUGCCCUGGAAACCGUCUAUGCCAAUGGCCUUGUGCCCUACCCAGCUCAGAGCCCGACUGUGGCCGAGACACUGCAUCCUGCCUUCUCCGGAGUCCAGCAGUACACAGCCAUGUACCCCACCGCGGCCAUCACGCCCAUCGCACACAGCGUCCCCCAGCCGCCGCCCCUCCUGCAGCAGCAGCAGCGAGAAGGUCCCGAAGGCUGUAACCUGUUUAUCUACCACCUCCCCCAGGAGUUUGGAGACACGGAGCUGACGCAGAUGUUCCUGCCCUUCGGCAAUAUCAUUUCCUCCAAGGUGUUUAUGGAUCGAGCUACCAACCAGAGCAAGUGUUUCGGCUUCGUGAGCUUUGAUAACCCGGCCAGCGCCCAGACAGCCAUCCAGGCCAUGAACGGCUUCCAGAUUGGUAUGAAGAGGCUCAAGGUGCAGCUGAAGCGGCCCAAAGACCCGGGACACCCCUACUGACCGCGCCCACGGCCGCCCCGAGGCUGUGGGCAUGGCCCAGGUGAGGGGCCUUCCCAUCCCAGGAGGGUUUUCCGCUUCCAACCGAUCCAGGAACUUUUCCAUAAAUUACAACCGUUCUUUGGACACCAGCCCUUUCUUCCCCUCGCCCCCGCCCCCCUCAACUGGAGGCCGCCCGGGGUGGGGAGGGGGCUUUGUGGUCUGUCCCGGGGCAGGGGCAGGGGUGGGGAGAGGCUCCUGAAUUGGGGGCAGCAGCGUUCACACACCCCCUGCUUUGGGAAAAACACCCUGGCUUCUUCCCCACCUAACUCGGCGGCCUCCCCGAAUGAAACCACCACAUUUCCUAUAUAUAUAUAUAUGCAUAUAUAUAUAGAGCUAUAGACGGUAGAUAUAUUUUUUUUGAGUACGGAUCAUGGGACCAAACCUUUCCGACUUCCUUCCAUCCGAGUGGAGUGACCCUGGGCCGGUCACUCAGCGGGGACACAGGAAGGGCUGAGGUUGGUGGGACCCCGGGGCAACGCGUACCAGGUGCCCCUUCCCCCCACCUCCCGGCUGGCACAUCCCACCAGGACUUCUGGCAACCCCUCCCCUCCACCACUGAUUCUCCAGGGCCGUGGAACUCUCAUAGCUUGGGCGUCCCCGGUCCCAGCUGCAGCCUCCAGGCCCCACCUGGCCCCGUCCUCCCGGAUAGAUAAAGGUACAACAGAGAUGCUCUGGCCGGCCUCAGCCUUCUCUGCCCCCCUCCCUGACUCAUAGCCUUACUCAUGUGAGCAGAAGCCCUUAGCUUUCCGUCGGAGGGGGAGGCAGACAGGGUUGGGGGGAGGCUCCCCCUGCCCCUCACCACCCCCUCCCAAGGCCAGGCAGCCAUCGCCCCUGCCUUCGCAUCACCAGCCUCCAGUUUAAGGUCUUGUAACCAGGAUUGCCAAGCGUAGCGGAAGACCCCUGCCC